AUGAGCAAGCAAAAGUAUAGACUGGUGCUCAUUGGGGUUGUUACUAUUGUGGCAUGUCUUUUUCUAUUUUUUGAAGUCAAGGGUAACCAUGCUUACAAAACAGAUUACAGUUUACCCAAAUUUCAACUUCUUCAAGAAUUAGAGUUGAAUAAAAAUUGGAAAACUCGGGGGCUCUAUUUUCAGCCAAAGUUCAAGAGCAGUUUGGAAUAUACUAGCCAGAUUGAAAAUCAACUAGCGACCCAUUUUCCAUAUGAGCAAGAAGCUCCGUUUCCCAAAUUCAUUUGGCAAACUUGGAAAGUAGCUUUGGAUGAUAAGACAUUUCCCAGGAGAUACGAAAGAUACCAAGCAACAUGGGAUGAUACAAAUCCAGAUUAUAAGCAUUUUGUGAUCCCUGAUGAGCAAUGCGACCUACUUGUUGAGGAGUUGUAUGCGAGUGUUCCCGAUGUUGCCCAUGCCUAUAAGUUACUCCCCAAAUCUAUAAUGAAGGCCGAUUUUUUCAGGUACUUGAUACUUUUUGCUCGUGGUGGGGUUUACACGGAUAUAGAUACGGUUGGUCUCAAGCCCAUUGACACUUGGAUUAGUAACAGUAAGGAGAUUUUGGGAAAACCAAACCAAGCUGGUUUAGUGGUGGGAAUUGAAGCUGAUCCGGAUAGACCUGACUGGAAUUCUUGGUAUGCACGUCGGAUCCAGUUUUGUCAAUGGACAAUACAAUCGAAACGUGGACACCCAAUGUUACUUGGUUUGAUUGCGAAAAUUGCCGAGAUAACUUUGACUCGAUCCGAAAAGGGGCAGCUACACAAAACAUUGGGCAAGGAUCUGGGUGGAGAUAUAAUGGAUUGGACAGGACCAGGGAUAUUUACAGAUUACGUUUUCAACUAUAUGAAUAGUAUUAUGCAGCUGCCGCAACAGCUGACUAAAAAGACUUUUGAAACAAUCAUUGAUUGGAAAUUGUUUACAGGGAUGGUACAACCCAUAGCUAUUGACGACGUUUUAAUUUUGCCGAUAACUUCAUUUAGUCCAGAUGUGAACCAGAUGGGGGCCAAAGAUUCCAAGGACCCAAUGGCAUACGCAAAGCAUAUGUUUCUGGGAAGUUGGAAAGAUGAUCAAAUAAAGGAUUGA